AUGAAUAUUAUUAUUAUCUUACUAUUUUUUUUUAUCAAUAUUUUUUCCUACAUAUCAUCAAAAGGAGUAUUAGAAGUUAAAUUAAUUUCUUUUAUAUCAAAAAGUAUUUCACCUAUUGAAAUAAAUGUAUGUAUUAAAGAAUAUCAGACAAUUGUUGAGGAUACUGGAGAUUGCCGAUUUGGCACUAAAUCAAUUAUACUGCCCAAAGGUUAUUAUAUACCUGAGGCAAAUAGUAAUAUUUCACAUGUUUUAAUUUUUCCAUUUGACAUGACAUGGCCUAAGUCACAUUCAUUAAUUGUAAAAGGAAAACUAUUAAAUAAUGAUGAAGUAAAGGUAAAUGAUUCUGUUGUUAUAAUAUACAAACAAAGUUUUUUACACUCUGGUAAUUUGUUUUUGGAUGUUGGAAAAGCUGAAAACACCAAUGCAUCUAUACAUUUUUUUUCAAGUAUCAAGUGUGAUGUUAAUUAUUAUGGAACAGACUGUUCAAAGAUAUGUUAUAGUAAUGUAUUUGAAAAUGAACAUGUGGAGUGUGAUCAAAAUGGAAAGCCAAUUUGUAAGGAGGGAUGGAGUGGAAUUAAAUGUGAUCAACCAAUUUGUAAAUUUGGAUGUGGUUUAAAUGGAAAAUGUGUUGCUCCUGAUACUUGUGAUUGUCUUUCUGGAUAUACUGGAAAAAGUUGUGAGGAAUGCCUUCCAUCUGUUGGAUGUCAGAAUGGUUAUUGUAAAAAUAAAGGUAAUGAAUGUAUCUGUAAUGAGGGAUGGGCAGGAGAAUUUUGUGAAAUUGAUAUAGAACCAUGUCAUAAAAAAAAUAAAUGUAAAAAUAAUGGUGUUUGCCUAAAUGGAAAGGAUGGUUCUGUGAGAUGUGAAUGUAAAGGAAGAUUUUAUGGAAAAUAUUGUCAACAUGAGAAAAUAUCAUGUAGUUCAUUUCCCUGUCAAAAUGGAGGUACCUGUGUAAUGACUAGUGAUGGAUCUGAAUUUAAACCAGUAUGUGAUUGCCUACCAUCUUUCUUUGGAAAAUAUUGUCAGUCAACCAAAGAUACUAAUGAUUAUGUGGAAGAUAUUAUUGUAGAGACAAAUGAAAUUAUUGAUAAAAAAGGAGUUAUUAAUGAAAUUGAGUUAGAAGAAGUUAAAAUUAAAAAAAAUAUUACCUCAUAUAUUCAAUGGAAUUUUAUUAAUAUUAUAGUUGUAUUAUCUUUAUUAAUUGUGAUUGCAUUUUUAAUUGCUACAAGGAAAAAGAAAAUAACGAGAAAUCCUACUUUUUCUAUAGUUGGAAAAUAUCAUACAGAAGAAUUGAAUCCAUCGAGGCUUGAAAAAGCUUCAAAAUAUCCAUUGAGUAGUAAUUAUAUUAAUUAUACUAUGGAAAAUGUGUAUUCAUAUGAACCAUUUUCUUCUAUAUUAGAAAAAAGUCGUAAUUUUGAAAAUGUAAUCUCAGAACCUCAAAUAGAAAAUGGAAUUAAACAUUUUAAGUGUGAAAAAAAUAAUGAGUAUGAUGAUUUAUAUUCAGAAGUGUAUAGUACAAUUUCAGAUAGAAUGGGAUCAAAAACACAACUUUAA